CCUGUUGCUACAUAGUAUCAAAACUCACCACGCUUCCUCACUUCUGCAUCUCUCUCCCCCUCUCUCUGGGGGUGUGUGUGCGUGAACAAUCACUUCUCUGCCUCUGCAGAUUCACAAUCGAACAAGCUCAAUGGAAACGCAUGUAUACACCGUCUGUAACAACCCUCCAUACAAUUGCCCAUCCAAUCGGGUCUUCCGCUCAACAUUUCUGGAUUCUAGACCUCUGAAUUUUAUCGGAAGUUCCAAAUUGGUUCAAUCUUCAAUUUGUGGACCAUUUGGUGCUUCAGUGAGUCCAUUACAACUAAGGGUUGGAGCGAGUCGACGCAUCUUCGCUGUGGAAUCGGUGUCGAAAUUUGAAUUUCUAGAUUCAUCCACUGUUGAUAAGCCAGAAACGGAGAUUAUGAAGGCUGUGAGUCCUGUUUAUGUGCCCACGCCUACAUGUCGCGAUACUAGAACUCCUCACAGCGGGUACCAUUUUGAUGGAAGUACUAGGAAAUUUUUUGAAGGUUGGUACUUCAAGGUCUCAAUACCAGAGUUGAGGCAGAGCUUCUGCUUUAUGUAUUCUGUGGAGAAUCCUGCAUUCCGAAGGAAUUUGAGCAGACUGGAGGAGGCACAACAUGGGCCUCGAUUUACAGGAGUUGGUGCUCAAAUUCUUGGUGCCUAUGACAAGUAUAUUUGCCAAUAUACUGAAGAAUCUCAGAAUUUUUGGGGAAGUAGGCACGAGCUGGUGCUUGGGAAUACUUUUACAGCCCCAAAAGACACACGGCCUCCAAAUAAGGAGGUUCCACCUCAGGAGUUCAAUCGAAGGGUUUUGGAAGGUUUUCAAGUCACCCCACUUUGGCAUCAAGGUUUCAUUUGUGAUGAUGGAAGGACAAAUUAUGCUGAAACUGUAAAGACUGCGCGUUGGGAGUACAGUACUCGGCCCAUUUAUGGAUGGGGUGAUGUUGGGGCUAAGCAGAAAUCGACCGCAGGCUGGCUUGCAGCUUUUCCAGUAUUCGAACCUCAUUGGCAAAUAUGCAUGGCUGGGGGACUGUCGACAGGAUGGAUAGAGUGGGAUGGUGAAAGGUUUGAGUUCCAAAAUGCCCCAUCUUACUCGGAAAAGAAUUGGGGUGGCGCCUUCCCAAGAAAGUGGUUUUGGGUCCAAUGCAAUGUCUUUGAAGGUGCAAGUGGAGAAGUGGCUUUAACUGCAGCUGGUGGAUUGAGGCAACUACCUGGACUGAGUGAGACCUUUGAAAAUGCUGCAUUGGUAUUUUCCUUUUCGGAUCCCUUCAAUUUUGCUCUGUUUUUCCAUUUCCUUACAUCCACUAAUUGUCUAAUAUAGAUAUUAAAUAGAUAUAACAAGUAUGGAUAUACAAGUAGACAGACAGAAGGGAGGAAAAAGGUGAAUGGAUUUAGUUAGAAAAACCUGUUUCUCCUUCUGGAAAUUCAUUCUUUUAUUGUUUCUUAGCAUGAGAUCAACUUUCAUCUGUGUAUUCCAUGUAUUGUUGUGACUCAAAGUUCCAGGCCUUUUGGUUAAUGAUAUAAUUUGUUUGAAAUAUCUUCAGUCUCUUUUCUAAGAGAUGAUCUGAAAAAAGAUUUGUUCUAUGCACACUGCACUCGUUGAUUUGCUAUGAGCAUGUGCACGGAAAAAAACUGGCAAUCACUGUGGGGCUAACACUUGGAUCUCCUUGAAUGGCCUGCAAGACAGAAAUAAGGUUUAGAGGGAUGCUGGAGGUAUCAGUGGCAGGAUCCCUCCAAUGCUUAAAUCAGUAAUGGAUACUCGGACCGAGAGAGAGAGUUGGGGGUGCUGGUGUGGUAAACAGUUGCGUGCCUUGUGGUUACUGUGUAUGCACAUUAUAUGGCAUGUUGUUUCCUGACCUUUGGGAACAAGUUAUUCCCUGAUUGGCUUAUUGCUGCUUCCGUUGUGCGAGCAAGCUUACAAUUGGCUCCUUGAUGAUUGCCCUUGUUAGCUCCUUGCAACUUCCUUUGCGACAGAGAGCUUAUGAUUGGCUCCCCAAUGACUGCCCAUGUUUGGCUUUCUAAUGAUCUCUGCAGGUGAGAGGCCCAUUUAGGUGUAAUGACUUUGAGGACGUCGGUCUGUGUUCUUUGGUCGGAUAAUCAUCUAACUGGCGAUCCUGCUUUUCCAUUGAUUCCUGUUUUGGAUUUAUUGGCUGCAUUUGUGGUGCUCAUCUUUUAGCUGACAUCAAGGGAAUCAAUUCUGUUGCUGACUCCGACGUGGUUAGUGGUGAUUGUGUCACAUGUCCGUGUGUUAGGGCUGUUCAUGUGGCCUCCCUCAGCUUCGUCAUGGAUCUCGAGACGAACAGGUGUCCUUAAUCAAUGUAUCCUAUCAAUUUACUCGAGGAUAAGUCUUUAUUGUUGCAGUGCCUAUCAGUCGACUAAAGUGUUGAUCCCUGUUAUCAGCUAGUUGGUGGGUGUGGGCUAGUUGGCGCCAUGCUAGGUUGCACUGUCUGAUUGGUUCAGUGAAUUAUCUCCUUUAAAGUUUGAAGGUAGAUGAAGUUAAGAAUGUGGAGAUGGCAGCCAUUUAACUGCCCGCUUACUGAAAAAUGGCUUAUUUCCCAUCUAAAGCAACAUACUAUUUUAUUUUUUCUCGACUUCCUGGUAUAAAAGUAAGAGAUCUUGUUGUCAGGUCCUCCAUAGAAGUACUUAUGAUUCAUGCUAUGACAUCGUGCAUGUAGGUUGGAAUUCACCAUGGGGGAGUUUUUUAUGAAUUUGCGCCGUGGAAUGGAGUUGUUAAUUGGGAAAUUUCCCAGUGGGGUUACUGGUACAUAUCUGCAGAGAAUGAAAACCAUAAGGUAGAAUUGGAAGCAACAACUAAGGAUCCAGGUACAACAUUGCGUGCUCCCACCUCAGAAGCUGGGCUGGCUCCAGCUUGUAGGGAUACUUGUUUCGGUGAUUUAAGAUUGCAAUUAUGGGAGCAGAAAUCUGAUGGCAGUAAGGGGAAGAUCAUUCUGGAUGUUACAAGCAACAUGGCAGCUUUAGAAGUUGGUGGUGGACCGUGGUUCACGACCUGGAAAGGCAGGACGUCUACACCAGAACUUCUUAGCCGUGCUAUUAAUGCUCCAGUCGACGUGGAGGGAAUUUUUGGUUUGGUUCCAUUGCUCAGGCCUCCUGGUUUAUAGUCGGUUAGUACAUGCUUCCAUUUCUAUAAGAGGGCUCAUAUUGCAUUCUUGGUCUGUAGCACAGGGAGCACUGCAUGAUUGCCUCAAUUAGAGCAAAGUGAUUGUUGUUGCUCUAACUUUGAAAACGAUAUAUAAUUCAACUGCAUUGCAAAUCCUUUGUAGAUAUCAAUACCCGCCUGGAGGAACUUGCAAGAUGAAAAACGGGCCUUGUGGCCCUUUUGAGUUCGAAUUAUAAUCGAUUUUUGUCAAUUAGAACGCUGGGUCAGUUUCUUUAGAAAUUUGUUAAAAUUAUCAUUUUGAAAACAAAGUUC